CUGAAAGACAGUGAAACCAUGACAAAGGAAGAAGAUGGGAAGACAAGACUGGCUGGAUGGGGGAGCAAUGCUCAAAAGAUGCUGGGUAAUGUCACCGGCACUGUCACUGGUACUGUCACAGGCCUGGUGCAAACCGUUCGGAAUAAAAACAGUCAAGGUCCCACGGAAAAUCAUGAGAUAUUGCUGAAAACUGAAAUGGAGUUCCACCAAGCAGCCAAGACAAAUAAUGUGGAUAAAAUGACCCAGCUCAAAGGACGGAAAGUGAACAUCAAUGCUAAGAAUGCUCUGGAUCGUACAGCUCUUCACUUUGCUGUGGCUGGAUGCCAUUACCAGGCAAUAUCUUUUCUGCUAGGCAACAAAGCGCGCGUAGACGUUGCUGAUAAACAUGGUCUCACAGUCUUGCACUUGGCUUCCUGGUCCGCUGACGUAAGCGUUAUGCAGAUGUUGAUUAAAGCUGGAGCAAGUCAAAAAGCUACAAAUCAGGAUGGAAUGAAUGUUUUGCAUUUUGCCGCCCAGAAUGAUAAGAAUGAAAUAGUGGAUUAUCUCCUGAAGGAAUUACAGCUUCAAGAUUUAGUCACCAAGGACAAGAGAGGUAGGGAGCCCUUUCACCUAGCAGCUGAAAAUGGCCAUAUUAAUAUGAUCAACAAUCUUCUCAAUAUGGGCAUAUUUACGUCAGAGCCUGAUAAGGAUGGUAACACGGCUCUUCAUAUGGCUGCCGCUAAUGGUCACGAUGCAGUUAUAAGAGUUCUGCUGGAGAAAUGGGAAGAUAAAGAUAAAGACUGCCUGAACUCGAAUGGGGCCACACCAUUUUACCUGGCAGUGGAAGGAGGGCACGAAUCUUGUGCCAAUCAGUUACUGGAGCAUGGAAGCAACAUCAACACUAUAACCUAUGAUGACUACACAGCAUUGCACAUAGCAGCAGAAAAGGGUCACACAUCCCUGGUCACUUUUCUUAUUAGGAACAACAUUGAUAUGACUCCAAAACCUAAUGAUAGGAUCCCUCCGAUCCAUUUGGCUAUCAUGAAUGAUCAUAUUGAAAUAGUGGAUGUUUUUAUGGAGGCUGGAUAUGAUAUUAACGCCAUUAAUGGGAGGCAACAGACUCCUUUGCAUCUAGCAGCUGAACUGAAGAACACAGAUUUAGUGGAGAGGCUUCUUAUAGCUGGCUGUGAUCUCAGGAUUGAGGACAAGCAAGGUAAAACGGCACUAGGAGUAGCGGAAAGAAGCAAUCACACCCUGAUCGCUGAUAUGAUUAUUAAAGCAGAAAGAUACAACACAUGCAAAAAGGGGCUUAUAGAAGAUAUUAGCUGUGAGGAAUUUAUGACAUUCAAACAAGACCACUCAUUACAGACCAGCCAUGUCCGUUCAGCUCUUUGGAGUUUGGCGUAUGAGCAGCUAAAGCCUGAUGAAUGGAAGACUCUAGCGAUACUGUGGAUGUUCACCGAGCCACAAAUUAAAGCCAUUGAAACACAAUGGACAGGUAAAGCAAGUUACAAGGAGCAUGGCCAUAGGAUGUUACUCAUCUGGUUACAUGGGAUUUUGCUAAGAAAAGAAAAUCCAAUUAAGGCUUUAUAUGAAGAACUUGUUCGAAUGGGACAUCAACAGAUGGCUGAAACCUUUAGAGCACAGUGCAGCGAUGGUGUACAGACUAAGAAGUCACUGAGCCUCCUGUCCAGCGUGGAAGCUUUCCACAUCCUAGAAGGGGCGCCAGCUUCAGGGCACACCAUAUCCAAGCGGCAUUACAUACAGCGAUGA